AUGGAUUGUAUUGAAGCUUGGAGCCCGGAAAUGGUGUCUCACAGUCUAACACCUAGCAUCCGGGACCAAAUUCUAAAAACCCUCAUCAGAACAUGCAACCAUGAUAAUGUUAUUGAUGUUAUAUCAUCUUUCCCAGCUGUCGAGUUGUUGGACAGGCCGCUCAAGUCGUAUCUUACGAAACAAGCCGUCAUGGCAGACUCCUGGAUACAUAUUCCCACCUUCAACGUGAAUGAGGUUCGCUUGGAACUGGCCAUUGGUUGUCUGGCAGCCACUGCUACACUAUCUUCGAGCCGAUCCGCAUAUGUCUGGGAUUUUGCGUCCUUCCAAGGAAGCGAUAACAGCCUAUAUAUGGUCUGA